GUCAAGUCCCAUCCCCAAGGUGCACCGCCAGUCAAAGGAGGGUCGUAGCAGUGGGGAGUAGCAUAAAACUGCAGUGCAGUGUGUCAGAUGCCAACCUCACCAUCAUCUGGAGGAAUGAACAGACAAACGAAGAGGUGCAGUGCCCCCCAUUUCCGGCGAGCUGCUCCGCGACAUCCGGUGUGCGAACAGGGGCGACAACCAGUGAGUUAACGGUUACGGUGCCGAGAAGCGAGAAGGUUCUUUCAUCGUGAAGUGUCAGUCUGUCAAAGAGGGUUUACUCACAAAUAACACCUGGUACUACAUAGACGCCAUUAUUAACGGCUCAAGCACAUGCGAAGCUGCUUUCAACACCAGAGCAAAGGAUGAUUGGAGAACUAAAGGGAACUGCAUUGUGAACAACAUCUUUUCUGCUGAUAGAUGCUACUCCUGUGACUGGCUUGAGGAGAAAGAGGCUGAAAAAGUGAAGAUAAUUCCGGAUAACUACAAGAGUUUAGCGUUGACAAACAACUCUGACGGGACUGUCAACAUGACCUGUGCCUUCAGCACCCCGAUCCCAACAGUUAAAGGACGCUACACUUACCUGGCGAAAAUCACACCGCUGGCACUUGAUGUUAGGGUCAAUGACCCGGGCGGAGGAGUCAUCGAUCCUCCAUCAACUCCGACUCACGAUUGCCCCACCUAUGUACCCGAAGGUACUAAUCUUGCCUGCACGUGCAAGACGUUCAGCCUUGGCACCCCGAUGGGAACACUCGGGUGGACGCAGGCCAGUGACUCACCGCAGCUGCAAGUGUCUAAUGUCCGGCGUGAGAAUGAAGGAACGACGUACACGUGCAAACUGCAGUUAGGGCAGGCCGUGAACUACAAACUUCGAGUUGCCUAUGGCCCCGCAGCCGCAUACAUAGCUGCCACUCGUCCCACAGAGUCGCACACGGAUCUUCUGUGUAUCCCCCUGGAUGUCAACCCCACGCCUUCAUUUGUGUGGAGAGUUCGCGGCACCGGCAGUGUCCUGGGCACAGAUCAGAUGCUGAGUGGGGUCGAGGUCAGCAAUUUUCACGACGGAAACGUCAUCGAGUGCACGGUCACCAACUCCGAGAACAACGGCAAGGCCGCCACUGCGUUCGUUGACCUCGAGGCCCUGCGUCUCAACCCAAACAUUACUCUGGUACUCUCAGCAGUCCAUACUUCUGACGAGGGUAACACCCUCGGAACAGGGAUAGCUAUAGGGAUCACCUCGAUGUUGGUGGUGAUGAUGGUUCUCACUGUCAUCGGUGUCAUCGUUCUGCGCAGACGACAAUGGAUCCUGCCAUGUACAGAUGAGGGCAAAGGUAGCAGUUCGAAAAGACCAAGGGAUUCUGGAGACGGCAGACGUAAAAAGUCAGGUUUACAAUUAACAGUGACUGGUCUCUCACGCCACUCCUCCGAUUCCCUCCACGGCGAGGAAAUGGACAGACCGCCAGGUGCUGAUAAUUACGAGGCCCUGAGAAGACAGAAGGGAGGAAGUCCUGAUCCGUACACAAGUCUUGGCGCGCAAAACUCGAGCAUCAGAGGGCGGUCUCCCUACAUCGAUGACACAGGGCCACUGUAUGAAAACCGAGUGACUCUGAUUGAGGCGGCCAAGGACUCGCCAGUCUACGCCAACUCCUACAACGAGGGCAACGGCUUCAGACUCUAACUGUCCGACUGUUAAUAAUCAACAGUUCUAGUCUUAAAACGAGUAUUAUAAAGUCGGUACUUAUUGUAAUGUUUUUGUUUAUAUGAAAACAUGCAUUAAUGCAUAUAUUUGAGUGAUAGGUAUUCAUAGGCGAAAGAAAGAAAAAAUUGAAACAAAGAAAUAAACUAAACGGGAAUGAAUGAGAGGUAAAAAAAAAAAAAACCAAAAAAAAACAAAACAAAACAAAACAAAGAGAGAAAGAGAGAGAGAAAGUGUUUAUGAAAGAAAGAUAAGAUAGAUGUCAUCUUAUUCAUUUCAUCAGAUGCUUGUUAAAAACAUGGCUUGUCACUUUGAUGUGAAUAAUGAGUUUGUCCCAACAUGUAUUGUAUACCAUGAAAAUUCUAUUUACAAUUUCUUGUAAUCUUUGAAACUAUCUGUAAAAAUAGAAGUUUCCAUCAUUUUAUUUACCAAAAUCUUCCUAUGAAAAUAUAUCUACAGAACUUUUAACCUAACGUAGUGUCUUGUAAAAAAAUGAAAUAUUUAUUUGCAAUUAUGGUGGCUAAGUCUGAGAAUACAUCAAGACAACAGGUAGAUGCUUUCAACAUGUAACACCAUCUUCAAAAGUCAGAAAACUUUUAAAUCUUUAGCCUUAGGCUUUUGAGAAGAAACUAAUGAUGUCGGUAAAGAUGACCAUCGAACAGACCAAAGUCUACUGACUUGACCAGAACAGCGUUCAAAACUAAGGGAUCGCCUGUGUGUAGGCUAUUUUCCAGUGAUUAACAGUGCAUGUCUGUAGGACCUUUUGGAAGAGUCCCCUUGUUAAAUCUUAAUUCUUUUCGAAACAGCAUAUUUUUUUAUCAAAGACAUUUCCCAGUUCAUUUUCAUGUUUGAAAGUCCCAUAACAAUUAUUUAUUAUUCAAAAACAAUUUUUUUUGUAAAGUUCUACUAUUGAAAUGAACUUAACUAUUCUUUGACUUCAAAAUUAUCUUUUUGUCGUUGACAAGUGAUAACUAGAGAAAACAUGUAUGACGUGUGAUAGUAAUGAUGAUAAUGGUGAUAAUAUGGUAAUGGUGUAUGGAAGUAAUGAUAGUAAUGAUAGCAACUUAAAUGGUAGUAACGUCUGAAGAAGAUACACCUUAGACGGUGGUAGUGACUAUCAUUUUUCUUGCUGUAGGUUUUAGGCAAAAGAAUUCUUGUUUAUAUAUUUCCUUACUUCAGAGAUGUAACCUUCAAUUUUAUUUUGGAGUUGUAAUAUCGGACUGUAAAAAAUAAUGUCGCUAAUAUUAAAAAUUUUAAUUUGUUUUGUAAAAAUAAUUUGUUACUCGCCAUAAAUACGAUCUGGACAUAA